ACCGCGACCGAGGCAAGCAGAGCAAUGGCGGCACCCCGCAAUGCCGCGCCUCUACGCUUCUCCGCCCCACUCCGCGACGCCUCGCUGCUCCGCGCCGCCGUCCUGCUACCCGGCGCCGAUCCGCUCCACCGCGCGGCCGCAUUCCAUGCCGCCGCUCCGCCCCACGGCCCUCUUCUGCCGGAAUCCAAGGGUUUCAGGAGUCCAGAUUGCUACAGCGUCAGAGGCCCAGCAGAUACGGUCGAGUUCUGGAAUCAUAGCAAUGAAGAGGCCCAACAUGUUGCAAAGUUUCAGAGCUUUCAGUUCCACUGGACCAGAUGCUCCCACUGGACCAGAUGCUCCCGUCGUUAAGCAGUUGAUGUUUAACGAUGAUUACGAGAUUAAAAACGAAGUACUCACUUGCUUGAAGGAGUCUUUAAUCUCUGGUAGUAUUCUGAAGCCUACUCGUCAAGGUGGACUGCUCACACCUGACCACAUGCAAAUAUUUGGUGAUUCUGUUCUCGGGGAUGUGGGCUUUGGAAUUCUCAAGCACGGAUGCUAUCUAGCCACUGUGAAUUUGAUGCGUGGAGUCAAUGUUAGUCCGUUGCUAAGGUUGGACAACCUUCUCUGGUCAGCAAAGCAUGGAGGUAUCAUGUUUGACAAGAUCUCUUUGAAGGCUGGAGAGCAAGGACAGCCCUUGAAGGCUGGAGAGCAAGGUUGCCCAUAUAUGGCUGUCGGCACAUUAUUCCUCGAAUGCUUAGAAGUGUCCACUGGUCUGAAGUCAGAGGAGAUCCGAAUACCAUGGGAUGUGAACCAUCUCCUAGGCUAUCUUGCAGAAGCCGGGAAAAUGGAUAAGAGACUUACUACCAAUCACUCUGCUAUAAGACUCCCAGGCGAACGCGUAGUGAGGAACUGCAAUGCAUAUCGCUUCCUCCGUCACCAAGUCGAAUACGAGGUUAAGAAAGGUCCAGGACAUUAUCAAGAGCACAGAAGAUAUUCUGGAAAUCAACAAUUGCAGAACCUUGCGAACAAUGUGCAUCGUGACCUUGCUUCAAAAUUGCCGCUCGAGUUAUUUCAACCUGCAGGGCUGCAUCCUUUUGUUGAUUAUUGGGCACGUGAGGGUCAAGCUAUGCGUGGACUUGGCAGCCGGAUGUCAAAAUGUCCCCUGACCAUACCAUCUGGACCAUAUGGUACUGAGCUUGAUAACGUCACCCUGGGUAUUGAAGUCGGGGAAAAUGUCUAUAGCCCUUCACAGAGAUCCAUUUGAGCACCCUUUUGGUCCAUUUAAUGACCAUGUGGGGGAAUAUCUUUGGAAAAGGCCGUACAACAUCCUACAGAUUGAGGAGCUGUUGAACUGUGUGGAUCCCAAGUAUGGCCCAUCCUUGGAAGCUUCUUUUAUGGUCCGUGGUAUUUGGGACAGGUUGGAUUUAGACCACAGCAAGCCAGUUCUUUGUUACUGGAGCGGUCCCAAGCGCUAUAACCCACCAUCUUUCCUAGAAGAUUACUGGUCCUAGUAACAAGCUGGAAUUACAGAGAAGUUAGAGCCGAGCUUUUCUGUAUUCCAGAAGAAAGGGGUUUUCAUGUUGGCCUUGACACGAACAGGAAGCAUUUCCAGUUAAUUUGCAGCGAGCGUAAAGUUCCAGGAUGGCAUCUAUUCUUCUCUGAACUCGCAGUGUGUUGCAAGAGCCGAACACAAAGUUGAAGCUUUGGUUACAUGCUUUUCCUUUUCCCAACCUGUUGAUGUGCAUAGUUUGUGUAGACAAAGAUUAAUUCUUCCGAAAAUGCACGAGACACUAACUCUUCUGGAACCUGGUCGUCUGUGCCCAGUCUUGCCUCUUAGUUCAAUUUUUUGUUUUUGUUUUGAGGGUUCAGACCCCAUUAGAAAUUCCCUAUACCGUAUUUUCUUUAAGGGAGCAGUUCCGCCUA